AAGAAGUCCUUGUGGUUUGUCUUAAACCUCCGUGGAGGUUCCUGACUCAUCCUUGGCCACGGCUCGGCUGCUCGCUGUGCUGUGCAGAGCGGCGCCCAGGAGCUCAGACUGCCUGGAGCUGCUGCUGCUGGAGUCCAUGGCGUACACCGGGACCCCACCGCCAGCGGGGCCCAUUGGCUCCCAGUACUGCGUCUGCAAAGUCGAGCUGUCCAUCUGUGGCCAAAACCUGCUGGACAGGGAUGUCACUUCCAAGUCUGACCCCUUCUGCGUCCUCUUCAUGGAAAUCAAUGGAAAAUGGGUGGAGCUCGACAGGACAGAAACAGCUGUGAACAACCUCAACCCGGCCUUCUCCAAGAAGUUUGUUGUUGACUACCACUUCGAAGAAGUGCAGAAGCUCAGGUUUGCCCUGUUUGACCAGGACAAGUCGAGCACACAGCUGUAUGAGCAUGACUUCCUUGGCGAGUUCUCCUGCACGCUGGGCACGAUUGUCUCCAGCAAGAAAAUAACAAGAACUCUCCUUCUGGGGAACGGCAAGCCAGCUGGGAAGGGGAUGAUAACGAUAGCUGCCCAAGAGCUGUCAGACAACAGGGUGAUUACUCUGAGUAUGGCUGGCAGGAAACUGGAUAAAAAGGACCUGUUUGGAAAGUCAGACCCCUUCUUGGAAUUCUAUAAACCCGGUGAUGAUGGAAAAUGGAUGCUGGUCCAUAGAACAGAGGUGAUCAAGUACACAUUGGACCCCGUCUGGAAGCCGUUCACUGUGCCUUUAGUGUCACUGUGUGAUGGAGAUGUGGAGAAGCUGAUCAAGGUCAUGUGUUACGACUACGACAGUGACGGGGGGCACGACUUCAUUGGGGAGUUUCAGACCUCAGUGGCCAGGAUGUGUGAAGCCCAAGAUGCCUUUCCACUAGAACUGGAGUGCAUUAACCCCAAAAAGCAAAAGAAGAAAAAGAAUUACAAGAACUCUGGGAUCAUCAUCGUCAAGUCCUGCAAGAUCACCAGAGAUUUCUCAUUCCUGGACUACAUCCUGGGAGGCUGCCAGCUGAUGUUCACUGUUGGGAUCGACUUCACUGCCUCCAACGGGAACCCGCGGGACCCCUCCUCUUUGCACUACAUCAACCCCAUGGGAACAAAUGAAUACCUGUCGGCAAUCUGGGCUGUCGGGCAGAUCAUCCAGGACUAUGACUCAGACAAAAUGUUUCCUGCUCUGGGAUUCGGUGCCCAGCUCCCACCAGACUGGAAGGUAUCCCAUGAGUUUGCCAUUAACUUCAACCCCACAAACCCUUUCUGUUCAGGUGUGGAGGGCAUUGUCCAAGCGUACUCAGCCUGCCUGCCUCACAUCCGCUUCUACGGACCCACCAACUUCUCCCCCAUUGUCAACCACGUGGCCCGCUUUGCAGCUCAGGCAACCCAGCAGGAGACUGCAUCUCAAUACUUCAUCCUCCUCAUCAUCACGGAUGGAGUCAUCAGUGACAUGGAUGAGACGCGCCAUGCCGUGGUGCAGGCGUCCAAGCUGCCCAUGUCCAUCAUCAUCGUGGGGGUGGGCAACGCUGACUUUGCUGCCAUGGAGUUCCUGGAUGGGGACAGCCGGGUGCUGCGCUCCCACACUGGCGAGGAGGCCGUGCGUGACAUCGUCCAGUUUGUGCCCUUCCGGGAUUUCCGCAACGCCCCCAAGGAGACACUGGCCAAAGCUGUGCUGGCAGAGCUGCCCCAGCAAGUCGUGCAGUACUUCAAGCACCAAAACCUGCCCCCCAUCAACUCGGAGCCCGCGUAGCACCGUGCCCAGCCCCAGCUGCAUGUUCCCGAAGUCUGUUGGUCCCACUGAAAGCGCAUGUUCCACAUGCUGUUCAAUGAAGAAUACCCUCCCUGAAACACCCAGGUUUGUACUUCUUAAUUUAAUUGUUAAGUUCUUAAAGCUCCUCCUGGAGAAGCGCCUGGAUCCACUUUGUACAGCCGCCGCCUGAGGUAACACCCAGAGGCCAGGCCGAGCCCCAGUCCCACUCCGUUGAGUCACUUUUCAGUAUUGAAUGUACUUUGUAUAAUUUUAGUGGAACAGGAUACAAUUUUUACAAACAAAACUUGCUUUUUCCAAGCAAUGAAAUGCUUAAUAUAUUAUUGUUAUUACCAUUUGUUGAACUGGUCAUGUAUCUGUGCCGUAUCCGUACCGCUGUCAUGCUCUGUGUUCAUUUUUAUACUGUGUACAUGUUAUAUUUGUUAUACUCAGGUUAAUAAAGAAACUCGGACAUUUAAAACAA